AUGACCAAGUGGGCUGAAUUGGUGGCAGGAGCUGGUGUGGGAGCUUUAGCCUCUGAGAUCCUGAAACUUUUGAUUUCAGAGGCAAGAAUAGUCUUGGCGUUCAAAUCUGUGUCUAAGGAUCUCGCAUCGGCGAUGGAGGAUUUGCUUCCAAUACUCACAACGAUCGAAUCGUUGCAAAAGCGUGAUGAACUAAAGACUCUGAUGGAUACGAUCAAUAGAGCUGGUGACUUGGUUGCUAUAUGUUCAGGCGUCAAGGGGUGGGAGUUACACAGAAAAACUUACUAUACAAGAAAAGUGUGGAAAAUCCAGAAGGCGAUGGUCAGUUUCUGUCAGGUUCAACUACAGCUUAUUCAGCUUAGGAACCAAUUGCAGUCUAUGGAAGAGAUUUCGAAGCUCAGGAUUUUGAUGGAAGAGAUUAAUAAUAAUCACCAAAUCCACAUUAAGAAGCUCCAACUUUUGAUGGUAGAGGGGAAUAAGAAUCACCAAAUCGUCACUGAGGAAGAGUGUAAGUUCCAGAUUUUGAGCCGUCCCGCGCCCGUUUAUGCAUGUUUGGUUCCCAAGUUUUGUAAGGCUCCUGUUGGAUUUGAUUCGCCACUGAUGGAGCUAAAGAAGAAGCUCCUUGAUGAUUCUGUGGAAAGUCUUCUGGUGUCUGGUCCUCCCUGGUGCGGGAAGACCACGCUGGUUACCCUGCUUUGCCAGGAUGAAGAGAUCAAAGGAAAGUUCAAGCAUAUCUUCUUUCAUGUUGUGUCAAGUACUCCUAAUUUUGGAAAACUAGUACAUGAUCUACUCGAGCACAACGGUGAGCAAGCACCCACUACAUUUGAGAAUGAUUCUCAAAUAAGGUUUGCCUUUGGAAAACUGUUGGAUAGACUUAAAGGAAAUGGUAUAUUGUUGGUGUUGGAUGAUGUGUGGUCUGGAGCGGACUCCUUGCUUGAGAAUUUUUCGAUUGACAUACCGGAUCUCAAGAUCUUGGUGACUUCUCGGUUUCACUUUCCGGGUUUCGAUUCCACCUAUUAUUUGAAACCUUUGAAAGAUGAAGAUGCCAAAGCCCUUGUCAUGCAGUGUGAUCAGGCAUCUCUAGUUGAAUAUGAAGAACGUCUCCAAAAUUGGGAGAAAUGGCAGCUAAUAGGUCGUGGUACAUUCGGAAGCGUUUACUUUGCCUCUAAUAGCGAAACUGGAGCGUUAUGUGCGAUGAGGGAAAUUGAGUUUUUUCCUGAUGAUCCGAAAUCUGUAGUCUCUAUAAAACAUAUAGAGCAGGAGAUCAGACUUCUCAGUAACCUUCAACAUCCAAACAUUGUGCAUGUGGCUGAGAAUUCAUCGAGGNAUUGUCUUUUGUUUUGUAUGUUCAGGGAUAUGAAAGUUGCUAAUCUCCUUGUGGAUGGUUCUGGGGUUGUCAAGCUUGCUGACUUUGGAAUGUCUAAACACCUUACCGGGCAAAGAGCUGAUUUCUCGUUAAAGGGAAGCCCGUACUGGAUGGCACCAGAGCUCAUGCAAGCUGUGACGCAAAAAGAUAGCAACCCUGAUCUUGCUUUCGCUGUUGAUAUAUGGAGUUUAGGAUGUACAAUCAUUGAAAUGUUCACGGGGAAGCCUCCGUGGAGUGAGUUUGAAGGGGCUGCAGCUAUGUUCAAGGUCAUGAGAGAUAGCCUGAAUCAAUGUCACAUGAGAGUAAAGACUUUCUAA